UAUACUUUUGAAGUUCGUGCAUCAAAAACCUUAAAAAAUAAAUUAGCCUUAAAUGAACCUCUCCGGACGUCAGAAGCAAUUUCACUACAUCCGUUUCGAAUUAAUGUACAACUAAUGUUGUGAAACUCGGAAAAGAGUGUUUAAUUAUUAAAAUUUAAAUGGACAUUUACAGGUACUCAAUUAAUUAUUGAAAAUGACGAGUACUGUACAGUGAUUUUAAACUUAAGCAGAACCACUUAUUUAAAAAGUCCGAUUUUUUAAACGGUGCAAUAGAAAAAGAAAUAUCAGUUUAUCUCCAAGUGUGUUUGCUGUUUUAUUAACUUCACAUUCUUGUGCAGUUUUCAUGUUCCCAGCCUCACACACUGACGCAAGAACUGGCACCUGUUAAUUUCUUUUCGCAACAUUGGACACAGUGCUGCGUUGUUGAUGACGUACCCAAGGGGAGGUGGGCGCGAGGUCUACUAUAAAAGAAUAGCUGGCUCCAGCCACCAGCUCAGAACAGCUCCAGUGCUGAAUUAAGAACAUCUAGCAAUAAACAGUACCCUUUGUUGCUGGAAACGCAAUCUGGGAGCUAUACAACAACCAUGAUUAAGAAAAUAUCACCCUCCGAGAAUGAUUUUGACAUCCCAGCCAAGAACUGCUACAGGAUGGUGAUCUUGGGUUCCACAAAGGUCGGGAAAACCGCAAUAGUGUCCAGGUUUCUGAAUGAAAGGUUUGAUGAUCAGUACACCCCGACUAUUGAGGAUUUUCACAGAAAGUUUUACAGUAUCAGGGGAGAAGUGUAUCAGCUGGACAUUUUGGACACUUCAGGAAACCAUCCGUUCCCUGCUAUAAGACGGCUAUCCAUACUUACAGGUGAUAUCUUCAUCCUGGUGUUCAGUCUUGACAGCAAGGACUCCUUCGAGGAGGUCCAGCGGCUGAAGCAACAGAUAUUCGAAACCAAGUCCUGCUUGAAAAACAAAACCAAGGAGAACGUGGACGUGCCCUUAGUGAUCUGUGGAAACAAGGGAGACGGGGAUUUCUACCGCGAGGUGCAGCCCGGGGAAAUCGAGCAGCUCAUCGCUGGGGACAGCUCCUGCGCCUACUUUGAAAUUUCAGCCAAGAGAAACACCAACGUGGACAAGAUGUUUCAGACCCUGUUCAACAUGUCCAAGCUGCCGAGCGAAAUGAGCCCGGACCUGCACAGAAAGGUAUCGGUGCAGUACUGUGACAUUCUGCACAGAAAGUCUAUCAAGAACAAGAAGCUCAAGGAUGGCGAUGCGUAUGGAAUUGUAGCGCCUUUUGCACGGCGCCCGAGUGUCCACAGUGACUUGAUGUAUAUCAAGGAAAAGGCAAUUGGUGGAGGCCAGGGUAAAGACAAAGAGAGAUGCGUCAUUAGCUAAAUACUGACUGUCUAUUAAUGCAUUGGAAGGAACUGGUCCAAUAUGUCUUGGCUGAGGGGUUUCAGUAUCCCCUUGAAUGCAUGGGCGCGACAGCUUUGCUGGCAGUUCAGGUCUGGCUCGAGCUUCUGUCUGCAGCGCGCGGAGCAACUGUGUCGAAUCAUAGAGGUCUGAUAGAUGCGAGCCGCGUAUUAUGUGUACAAGACUAAAAAAAAAUGUUUGGAAGAGUGAAAUGAAUGUAAUGUGCUAGAGAUACACGAAAGAAAUACACAAAUGCUUUAACGUGUUUUAUUUGAAAAAAAUACAACAAAACUUCAGGGUAGAGUGGAAAUGUGAUUAAAAAACAAAUUUUUUACAUUUUGUAAAGUAUAUAAUAAUACAAAAAAGCAAUGUUUUUUGCAACAUGAACAAAUGUUUAUUGUGAACUUUUGUUAUUUACACUUGUAAGUGAGGUGUUGAGUUAACAAAUAAAAUGCUUUGUAAAUGA